AUAUAAACAUAUUUUUAUUAUUAAUAAUUUAAUUUUCUUUCGUUUUAAACAAUGAGCAAGAAAAAAGUAAGAGAUGUGGACAUUUUUCAACGUACACUAUGCUGUAAUCCCAUACGUGAUAAAGAGGACGAGAUUGAGAUUUUUGAAUCCGAAACGACAGACUUUGAAGAAGAAGCGGAAGAAGUAAUAAAAUCAGAAGAGGAAAAACUUGAUAUAAAACAGCUAAUGGAAGAGUUGGAUUGCAUGAAACGACGUAUUCAAUUGAUGCAACUGCGCCUAAAACUACCAACAGACGAAUGUCCCGAAGAGGAAUGUCUUAAUUAUGAAGUAUUGCUUAAUUGCUCCCAAAAUAAGGAAAUCUGUACAAUGCAAAAGAAUCAACACAUGCUGCAGUGUCAAAUCAAGGAACUAGUCAAAUGCUACAAAAAUGCUAAAGAGCAAAUACAAGAUUUGCAGUUGAAUAUUUGGGAGAAAAACAAAGAAAUAUUAGAAUUGAGAGAAUUGGUUAAAACUCUGAUGGAAUGGAAGAAUACAUUGGAUGACGAGUUUGGAAAAUGUCUUGAACGUUUUGAGUAUUUAAAACAUGUUAAAGCUGAAUGGCGGGAUGUAAAUGAAAAAAUGGAGAAGCAAAAUAAAUGCUAUGGCACUUUUAAGGAAUCUUUUGUUGCUAAAGCAUGUUUCCAGCAAGAUAAAAAAUCGUUCAUUGACGCUAUUAAUGAAAUCAAAGAAAUGUUAAGAGAACUUUGCCAAUAUUAAUUUGAGCGUUUUGCUAGUCUAGAGCACCAUUUACAAAAGGGAGAUUAAACAAAUACUCUAGAGGCCAAUGAUUUAUGAAAAUGAAUUGAAGUGAAACUUUUUAUUUUAAAACGAAUUUAUUGAAUUUUUUUUUUUUGGAUUUUAUUUUUGUUCUAAUUAACUUUUGAAUUAAAUUUGUUAAGUAUU